ACAUGAUCAAUACAAGUGAUGUUGGGCUGCAUUGGAAGUAGUCUUCAAUGCAUCAGGGCACUAACAUGCCUUAAUUAAAAACAUUCGAUCAACAAUCAUUCAAUUUCACCGAUCAAAGCAACGCAAGUGACAUAAUUCCUGGAACGAAAUUAAAGAGGAAGGUCUCUCAGUUUAUCCGACAGUAGCAAAAAAAGAUCCAGUUAUGCAAUUUGGCAAAUUGAGAUAAAUGCAUUUCCCAAAUUAGCAUAUCCAUCGUUCAUUUUAAAUUGACCAUCACAAUAGAGCCUAUCCUAUAGUUUAGCGGAUAUUCAACGUCCUUGGAUCAAUUAUAUGCUUCAUUUGUGUCCGACAACGUCCAUUCAGAGCGUUUCAAUCUUGCAGAACGACAGUUUAUUGAUGAAGAAUGAACGACAAAGGUGAUGUCAACGAUUAUGCGAAAAGCGAAGUGAACAACAAAGAAAAUGGCAAGUCUGAUAGUGCUGAAGAAUUUGAAAUAACAGUCGUGAGUGAAAUCAAAGAUGAACAAAAACAGAAAAAAGCUGUAGACAUGAACGAUGAAGAGAAUACUAUUAGUACCAUCGACAGGAGUGAAGAAUCCAGUUCCAGUGUGAGUAGGAAUAUGGAGGAUAUAAGGAAUAAUAACCACGCCAAACCUAAUGGAAAUGCAAAAGUUUCAAGUGCUGAAGAUGAUAGUAAUGAUCCAGGAACCAAAGUAGUUCCUCCAACUAAGAGUAUAAGGAAAAAGAAGAUGGUUCGCAGUCAGACAAUGAGAGGAUUUUCUAAUGAAACUGAUGGCAAUACGAACAGCAAAAUGUUCAGUUGGCUGAAUAGAGCAGCCGAAAUCAAACCGGAAUGCUACGAGAACGUAGUCGAAGGCCUCAAGAGCAUCUACAAGAACAAGAUGCUGCCUCUGGAGCAGCACUACCUCUUCAACGAGUUCCAUUCGCCACCAUUGAACGACGCUGACUUUGAUGCCAAGCCCAUGAUACUGCUCGUCGGGCAAUACUCCACUGGGAAAACCACGUUCAUCAAGUACCUGUUGGAGAGGGAUUUUCCAGGAAUGAGGAUUGGUCCGGAACCUACAACCGACAGGUUUAUAGCUGUGAUGUAUGGAGAUAGUGAAGGGGUAGUACCAGGAAAUGCUCUGGUGGUGGAUCCAAAGAAGCAGUUCAGACCGUUGUCUAGCUUUGGAAAUGCUUUCCUCAACAGAUUCCAGUGUUCUACUAUGAAGUGCACAGUACUGAAAGGGAUGUCCAUCAUUGAUACACCUGGAAUACUCUCAGGUGAAAAGCAAAGGAUAGACCGCGGCUACGACUUCACAGGAGUCCUGGAAUGGUUCGCAGAGCGAGUAGACCGCAUCAUCCUGCUAUUCGACGCUCACAAACUAGACAUCUCCGACGAAUUCCGCAGGUCGAUCGAAGCCCUCAGAGGCCACGAUGACAAAAUUCGAAUAGUCCUCAACAAGGCCGACAUGAUCGACCAUCAGCAACUGAUGAGGGUAUACGGUGCCCUCAUGUGGUCCCUGGGAAAAGUCCUCCAAACCCCUGAGGUCGUUAGAGUCUACAUAGGUUCCUUCUGGGACGAACCCUUGAGAUUCGACGUCAACAGGAGACUCUUCGAAGACGAAACGCAAGACUUGUUCAGGGACCUCCAGAGUCUCCCGAAGAACUCGGCGCUGAGGAAGCUCAACGAUCUGAUCAAGCGUGCUAGGCUAGCCAAAGUCCACGCUUAUAUAAUCGCCGAGCUGAAAAAAGAAAUGCCCAUGUUCGGCAAGGAACACAAAAAGAAAGACCUGAUCAAGAAACUCUCUAGUAUCUACGAUAAGCUGCAGAGGGAACACGCCAUCUCCAUCGGAGACUUUCCAGACCUCAACAAGAUGCAAGACACCCUCGCCAAGCAAGACUUCAGCAAGUUCCACUCGCUCAAACCGAAGCUCUUGGACGUCGUCGACGAAAUGCUGUCCAACGACAUAUCGCAGCUGAUGAACAUGAUACCACAUGACUCUAGUCCUACUGCGCAGGACCAGGUGACAGGGGGGGCUUUCAACAAUGUGGAAGACAAGGCGACGCCGUUCGGGUACAAGAGUGGGGAGGGAUGCAACGCAGGCUUCGGCGAACCCGAUUGGAUCGUGAACAAGGACAGAGAGACAUUCGAUGUGUUGUUCGAGAGCUUGAACCCGGUGAACGGGAAGCUGUCGGGGGCUACUGUCAAAGAGGAGCUGGUUAAGUCGAAGCUGCCGAACGCGAUUCUGGGUAGGAUAUGGAAGCUGGCUGAUGUCGACAAGGACGGGUACCUGGAUAAGGACGAGUUUGCUUUGGCGAUGCAUCUGAUUAACGUGAAGCUGCAAGGGAACGAGAUUCCGGUGAAUCUUCCGGAUCAUCUCGUACCGCCGCAUAAGAAAGAUAGAUUGUACGUUUGUUGAGUUACGUGCUAAAUAAAAUUGUGUGAAAUUUC